AGCCUGCGGGGGGAUGGCCCGGUUAGUCUCCGCCACGACCGCCGUCUCUCCAGCCGCGGGAACCGAAGUCGCCGUCGCUGCCGCGGCCUGGGUCGCUGGCCGCCCGCAGCCAUGGAGGACAUCAUCGUGAUCUCGGACGACAGCGGCUCCGAGAGCUCCGAGGGGACCCGCCCGGGCCGAGCGCGGAGGCUGCGCCGGGGCCUGUCCCGGACCGCCGGCGCGCUGCCCCGCCGAACCGUGGACUUCAUCGACUUAACCAGAGAGAGCAGACCGAGGCCGAAGGAUCGAGGUGGGAUCUGCGUGAUCGACUUGACCACAACUGAGGAAGAAACCAGACCUAUCGCCACUUUAGACUUAACUCUAGAACCUGUCACUCCUUCCCAGAAGGAAUCAACCAACCCUCAAACAUGCGCCAGCCUCUCCAGCAAAGAGGCGAGGGAAGGGCGGGUAGACAGAAGCUUGUGGCCCGGAGCACGGAGGACCCUUAACAGCGACCCUGUGGAUGUGGACCUCUUGGAAGAAACCGCAUUUGAAGACCCCCAGCCCCCUCCAUCCAUCAGUGGGGACUCUGUUCAUCUCGCAGAGCCGAACUGUAGCUCGACCACGUUCAAAGGUGACCUCGGCCUCUUGGCCAGCCUGCAGCCAUCUUUGGAUGUCCACCCCCUCUCCCCAGUGAGCAACAAUGGCGGUGGCAGUCAGAGGGCGCCCUUGGCCUGCCCACAGCAAGAUGCACCUUGCCCACCACAAGCCUUGCCGUGCCCACUGCGAGCUUUGCCGUGCCCCCUGCGAGACUCGCCGUGUCCGCCACGAGCCUCCUCAUGCCCACCGCGAGCCUUGUCGUGCCCAUCACAAACUGUGCAGUGCCAACCACAAGCUUUGCCUAACCUGCUUCAAGAAGUGCCGUGCCCUCAGAACGGGCCGCGCCCACCUCAGGACUCAUCGCGCCAUCCUCAACACUCACAAAGCCCACCUUGGGACCCGCACUGCCCACCUCAGGGUGUACCAGGCCCACCUCCACACACACCACAUCCACCAGGCGUGGCACACCCGCAAAGCACGCCAUGGUCCCUGGGAGAUGUGCCACAGUCAUCAGGAGACAUGUCACAGUUAUUGCGAGACAUGCCACAGCCACCAGGUGAUGCACCGCAGUCACCAGGAGGCCUGCCGCAGUCUCCAGGAGGUAUGCCGAAGUCACCUACAGACAAGCCGCAGUCACCUACAGGCAUGCCACAGUCACCAGGAGACAUGCCCCAGUCACCAGGAGACAUGCCGCAGUCACCAAGAGGCAUGCCGCAGUCACCUACAGGCAUGCCACAGUCACCAGGAGACAUGCCACAGUCACCAGGAGACAUGCCGCAGUCACCAGGAGACAUGCCGCAGUCACCAGGAGACAUGCCCCAGUCACCAGGAGACAUGCCGCAGUCACCAAAAGGCAUGCCGCAGUCACCAGGAGACAUGCCGCAGUCACCUACAGACAAGCCACAGUCACUAAGAAGCAUGCCUCAAUCACCUGCAGACAUGCCGCAGUCGCCAAGAGACGCGCCACAGUCACCACCGAGAGAUGUGCUACAGUCACCAGGAGAUAUGCCGCGGUUACCAAUGGGUGCACCACAGUCACCAAGAGGCACGCUGCAGUUACCUGGCAAAAUCUCACACUUAACCGAUGUGCCACAUUCGCCUGGAGACAUGCCACACUGGCCAGGAAAUAGGCCGGACUCUCCCUCGGAUGACGUACAGAACCGAGACACUCCCAUGGAUAUCUCAGCUCCCUCCUCUCCGAGCUGCUCUCUUAGCCCUCAGUCUCCACAGUCUGAAACCUCUUUAUACAAAGUCCCUUGGCUCUCUGUCACAGAAACUCCAGCCAGAAAGGAGAUGGCCCUCUCAGGGCCUGCCACCCCCGGGCCCGCCCAGGUGCAAGUGCAAGUGCAAACGCGGCCUGGCGCGCUGUACAGCAGACCCUGCCUGCACAGGCUAAAGUACUUCUUACGGCCUCCGGUGCACCACCUCUUCUUCCAGACACUGAUACCGGACAAGGAUGUGAGAGAGAGCAAGGGUCAAAAACUAGAACCCAUCCCUCAUCGAAGGCUAAGAAUGGUGACAAACACCAUUGAAGAGAACUUCUCCCUGGGGACUGUGCAGUUCCUGAUGGACUUCGUGUCCCCCCAGCACUACCCACCCAGGGAGGUUGUGGCUCACAUCAUCCAGAAGAUCCUGCUCAGCAGCUCCGAGCCCGCGGACGUGCUCAAGGAGGCCUACAUGCUCCUCAUGAAAAUCCAACAGCUUCAUCCAGCUAAUGCCAAGACAGUGGAGUGGGACUGGAAGCUGCUCACUUACGUCAUGGAGGAAGAGGGACAGAGCCUGCCGGGGCGAGUCCUUUUCCUGCGCUACGUGGUGCAGACCCUGGAAGACGACUUCCAGCAGACCCUGAGGAAGCAGCGGCAGCACCUGCAGCAGUCCAUCGCGAACACGGUGCUGUCCUGUGACAGGCAGCCCCACAACGUCAGGGACGUGAUCAAGUGGCUGUUCAGAGCGGUGACCGACGGCGGGCUAACUCAGCCUCCACACGGGAGUCACGCCUCUGCGGGGACAGGUGUCCUGAAGGCCGGCAGCAGCCACCCCUCGCCCCAGCCCACCCUGACGAAGAACGCCACGCAGGUGGUCGUGUGCCAGCUGCAACGCAUGCUGUCCAUCGCCGUGGAGGUGGACAGGACCCCCACCUGCAGCUCCAACAAGAUGGCCGAGAUGAUGUUUGGGUUUGUGCUGGACAUUCCGGAGAGGAGUCAGAGAGAGAUGUUCUUCACCACCAUGGAGAGCCACCUCCUGCGCUGCAAGGUGCUGGAGAUCAUCUUCCUGCACAGCUGCAAGACGCCCACCCGCCUGCCGCUGUCCCUGGCCCAGGCCCUCUACUUCCUGAACAAUUCCACAUCGCUGCUCAAGUGCCAGUCGGACAAAACCCAGUGGCAGGCGUGGGACGAGCUGGUGGAGCACCUGCAGUUCCUGCUGUCCAGCUACCAGCAUGUCCUGAGAGAGCAUCUGCGGAGUUCAGUCAUCGAUCGAAAAGACUUAAUCAUCAAAAGGGUCAAGCCCAAGCCCCAGCAGUGCGACGACAUCACGGUGGUAGACGUGGAGAAGCAGAUCGAGGCCUUCCGCAGCCGCCUGGUCCAGAUGCUGGGGGAGCCGCUGGUGCCCCAGCUCCAAGACAAAGUGCACCUGCUGAAGCUCCUGCUCUUCUACACUGCGGACUUGAACCCCGACGCAGAGCCCUCCCCCGAGCGCUGGGGCGCCCCCUGAGGUCCUGCUGCAGGGUGACCACCAAGAACACCUCCUGAACUCUCCAGCUACUGGAAGUUCUGAAGUAUAAAAAGUAGUUAAGUCUUAGAGGACCAAACCCACCUUAUUUAUCUGUAGGUUACAGCUUUCUAACUCUUUAGUGAAUACUUUUUGAUAAUUCUAUCCUAGCCUAUUCUGAAAUAUGGCUUAAAUAUGUAAGGUGUAUAUAUUUUUUGAUAAAUUAUUUAUCUAUACUUUUUGAAACAGGUAAUACUAUACGCAUUUCCAUGUUUAACAUUUCCAUUCAAGAUGUGAACAGAACCCUUCUGAACAAACCCUAGAUUCAAUGUUAUGUUACGCAAGGUACCGACGACCUGUUUUCACAAGAGAAAGACCCAUUCGUUUGUCCCUGAUGGAACACAACCAUCAGUGCUACACUGCGCAGACGUGACCUUGUGGCCCGUCCAUUAAGAUCUCAUGUAAUGAAGAAGAAGAUGGGAGGUCAGAAACAAGAGGAUGAGCGUGUUGCAAAAAUGUUUAAAGGACACAAUAAAAAGGCAAUGGUUUUUCAAAACA